AUGGCCCCCUUCCUCCGGGCAUCUACAUGGACUCAGGUCCUCCUGGGAGGUUCUCUCUGGCUAUCUGUGCUCUGGGUACUGUUGUGCCCUGUCUGCUGUUCUCGUGGUCCACCAAAAUGGCGCUUUGCUACCUCUGAAGUUGUGAUUCCCAGGAAGGUUCCUCAGAGAAUGGGUGGAAGCGAUAUGCCGGACCAGAUGACCUACAGCAUGCGCUUCAGGGGACAAAGACACGUGGUCCAUAUGAAACUCAAGAAGAAUAUGAUUCCUGAAAACGUUCCUGUGUACACUACUAAUGACCAAGGAGCCGAGCAGGAAGACUACCCAUUUGUUCCCCGAGACUGUUACUUCUACAGCUACCUGGAAGGGGUCCCUGGGUCCCAAGCUACACUAGACACCUGCCAUGGAGGUCUGAAUGGCAUGCUGCAGGUAGAUGACUUCACUUAUGAAAUCAAACCAUUGGCAUCUUCUUCCAAAUUUGAGCAUGUAAUUUCUCUGCUUGUGAUGGAAAUGUCACAUAAGUCUAAAAAGUGUAGAAAUGAAGAGAAUGUGGCGGAGGCAGAUGAAUCCCUUGAAGAGACGAGGCUUUCUGGAAGUCCCAGAGCAGCUCCAGUGUAUUUGUGGCGUGUGCACGUGAAAUUACUCCGAGUGCACUAUACGAUGAGUUCUUCAUUAGCUAAAAGCAUCAACAACUUUACCGCCUCACUUGAGAUGAUAUUGAUCAUAAACAGCAUAACAGAUAGCAUUUAUAAACUAUCUGGAUUGACUAUCUUUACAAGUGCUAUAUGGAUUUGGGAAAAUUCAGACUUGGUGAACUUACACGAUGAUUUCGGAAGGAUUUCGGAAAAUUUUUCCGUACAUAGACUCCGACUAUAUAAUUCAAUCAAGGUUUCCAGUUCAGUUCUUUUAACAGGACAUAUAAUUGGAGAUUUGGAUUACUCAGCCCCUCAGCAUGGAGUGUGCAAACACAAAUUGGGAAUAGUAUAUGUACAUGUUGCAAAUCGUCAUGCAUUUCUGGGGGCAACUCUUCUGGCUCAUGUGCUAGGUCACAGUCUGGGUUUAGACCAUGAUCAACCGGGCUGUGUUUGUUUCAGAAGAAGCAGUUGUGUCAUGAACGAAUUUCCCUCUCUUAUGGAUAUGAUGAGCAAUUGUUCCCAAGCUGGGAUACAUGAUAGGAUCCAUGGAUGGGACGAAUGCCUGAGUUUCGAUCGUCAGCAGUAUGACAACUUUAAAUACAUAGUUCCUCGGUGUGGAGAUAAGAGGGUGGAUGAAAAUGAGCAGUGUGACUGUGGCUCCUUUAAAGAGUGUUUCCUUAACAAGUGUUGCGGCAUCAAUUGUGAGUUUUCUCAGGACAGUGAUUGCGAUACAGGAGGUUGCUGUAGGGACUGUUUAUUUAUAACCGCUGGAUCUGUGUGCAGACACAAACUUGGUAUUUGUGAUCUGCCAGAAUACUGUGAUGGGACCUCAGAGAAGUGCCCAGAAGAUAUGCACAUCCAGGAUGGAACUCCUUGCUCACCACUAGCAGUUUGCAUGUCAGGAAACUGCAGUGAUCGCAAUAUGCAGUGUCAAGCUCUUUUUGGAUAUGAAGUAAAGGAUGCUUCGCCAAUAUGCUAUAAAGAAUUAAAUCCCAAAGGUGACCGAUUUGGAAACUGUGGGAUGAAGUUACAAAGAGGAGGAAGCCAACCUCUCGCAUGUCAAGACGACGGUAUUUUUUGUGGACUGCUGCAUUGUGAUGGUGUCAUUCGUAUUCCUGGUGGAGGUGAGCACACUACAUUUCAUCACAUAAAGGUACAAGGUAUUAAAGAAGAACAGUGCUUUGGGUAUGGCGGCUGGCAACCACCAUACUGUGAAAAGAAAGGACUAGGUGGUAGUACAGACAGUGGCCCUAUGACUUUGACUAAGGAUAUGUUUCAAGCCAAAAUACAUGUGCAUAUAAACAGGAUACUACUUGUUUUAUUUACUCGUAUUGCUCUUAUCUUGGUUUCACUUAUUUUGGGUGCAUUUACAAAAGCAAUAAUGAUUGUAGACCUCAGACAUGAACAUUCUAUGAUAAGAUAGAAUUGAUUCCAUUCCAUACUAACUGGAGCCACACAAUGAACAACCCAUGUCAAUCACUACAAGAAAUUUCCAUUGAUUUCCCCUGACAGCUGUGUAACCUGUCCAAGUCUGAGAUUUCCAUCUUGAAAUAAAAUCACUGGGGAAUUAAAAU